GUAAAGUUGUCGAUUUUAUUUUUUUAUAUUUAAAUAUUCAUCUUACAACUAUGGACGAUCCAAACGCGGAUACAGAAUGGAAUGACAUUUUGCGCGCAAAAGGUAUUUUGCCUCCGAAAGAUGAGAAAAAAGAUGACGAUUUAGAGGAUGCAUUUGUAGAAAUGGUUAAAGCUAGACAGGCUAAAAAAGAUAGUCUCGAAAACAAGGAUCUUGAUGAACUUGAAGAAUUAGAAGAUCUCGAAGACGAUCAAAUUUUAAACGAAUAUAGACAUAAACGAAUGAUGGAAAUGUUGGCACAAGCCGCAAAAGAAAAAUAUGGUGAAUUAACAGAGAUAUCCAAACCUGAUUUUAUUAAGGAGGUUACUGAAGCUAGUAAGGAAUGCUAUGUGAUUGUUCAUUUAUAUAAAGAUUACAUUCCUGCUUGUAGAUUGAUGAACCGCUGUUUAACUGAAUUAGCCUUGCAGUUCAAAGCAACCAAGUUUGUAAAGAUCGUUAGUGAUCAAUGUAUACCAAACUUUCCUGAUCAUAAUGUGCCAACUUUAUUAAUUUACGGUGAGGGCGAUAUAAAAGCUAAUCUGGCAGGUGCUAUUCAGUUUGGUGGAAUGAAAAUGACUACAAAGAGUAUUCGCGCUCUUUUGGCUAAAUAUGGGGCUGUUCCUCCUGAAAAAGUAGAGGAUAAUGAUGACAUUGAUAAACAACCUAAAAAGUCUAUUUAUCAAUCAAAGGCUACUGCUGCUCUUAGUAGUGACGAGGAAGAGAGUGACGAUGAUAGAGGAUAUUAUUAGACUUAUUUUAUAUAAAUAACAGCAAUAUCUAAUGUGUAUAAUUAAAACCUUAUAUUGUUGACGCAUAAAGCAUAAUAAGACUGUUAAUCUAUUUUAUUUAUGCUUAUCAUAUUCAUUUACUGUGUUAUUUUCUUAAAUCAUCUAUUGUACAAAGUAUGUGUGACUCGCAUACAUGUAGUCUUAAU